UAACCUGCAAAAUGGAGCAGUUUCGUGUCUUUAAAAGCUUGUAUUUCAUUGUACUUUUGCUUUUCAUGCUGUUCUACGUCCUGGUGGACUCAGCAUGCAAUGAGUGCCAGGAUGAUAAUAAUGUAAAGUGUGUGAAUGAGACCCACUUCACGUUAUGUACAGAUGGUGUGGCACCGGAUCAAGUGAUAUCAUGUCCAGAUGGUCAGGUUUGCACCGGAUACAGUAAAAUCUGCUGGCCGAAAGGAUCAGUUGCAGCCUCUUGCGAUUCUGAACUUGAACCAGAUGUACAGUGCCCAUCCUGUGAUGGAACAUCCCCAUUUGUCUGCACCAGCCGCACCACCUUUCAAUUUUGCAAUGGCCUUCAACUUACCGACCAAACCGUCAAGUGCAAGGACAGCACUUAUUGUGAUAUAGCCUCCGGUAAAUUGUGCGUCGAUAAAUGUGAAUUUGCUAAGCUAGGAAAUACUUUCGAGUGCGAUAGAGAAGCACCAUAAGAAGGAUAAUAAGGAAAUAUAUACCUUAGCAGCGUAACAAACUUUUGAAAGAAACUAAUUAUAAUUCUGUGAAGCAAAUAAUGCCUUUGUUAAGGUACUUUUCUUUAAAAUAUAUAUUGAAUAAAUAAUUUGAUUAGUAAA